GCAUGCUGCUUUCAUGUCGUGCACUGUCGUGCACUGCACCUACUGUACUGUACAAGCUGCGCAGUCUUCCCAUCAACCUAUCACCAAAUUACCAAACAGCCCCAGUCCGCAGCAAUCGUCGCACGUCGUACAAUCUCAAAACUACACGGUACCCAAAUAUGAACCAACUUGACACGUGCCCCCACCACGUGCCCCGGAUCCGAGCGGACAUGACUCACACUCCACCGACUCCAAGCAAGGUCGAUUUGGCCACCCACCACAUCUACUGUAGAUUCCGGCCCGUCGAGCACCACACCAUCCAUCAUCCAUCAUCUCCAUCACAGCGUCACCAUGCCGCGCCUAGCCUUUGGCGACUUCCUCAACCAAGACACACCUCGCGGCCGUGGCCGCGGACGCGGUCGCGGCGGCUCCAGCUCUCGUGGCAGCCGUGGUGGUGGGGCUCGUGGGCGAGGUGGUGGCGGCGCCGGUCGCGGUCGCGGCGGUUUCGACGCGUCCCGCGGCGGGCGGACGGUGCGCGGCGGCCAUUUCGGCGCCGACUACUCAUCCGUCGCACUCGACUACUCCAAGCUCAACACGAAAACUUAUCACAAGUUCGAACCGAGUGUGCAGCCCUUCGCCCCGGACGAAGAGGACAGGCCGCCGCGGCGACUCAAGUCCUUCGCUCCGCAUGGCGCCCAGUCUAGCGGCGCGUCGGGAGCCGCGACACCGAUUACUUCGGGGAUAGGGUAUCAUCGCAGAGGGCCGCGGACGGCUGCGCGGGAGAUUGACGGCGUCGUGACUUGGGGAGGGGGAGGCGCACCGCUGUUCGUCAAGGCCGGCGAGCUGUUUCGCGAUGGCGAGGUCGACGUCGUCAAGUGUGAUGGGGACAUCUUUGUGGUCGAGCACUACCCUUUGUCAGAUCCCAGCGCCCCGCAGAUGCACCACCUCGACGACGACGUUGAGGUUGACAUUCAAGACCCUGCCAAUCGCGCCCAAGCUCUCGCCGCCAUCUCGGCCCAUCGCCACGAGACACAUGAGCACGACGACGACGUGGUCGACGACGACGAGAUAGAGCGCGUGUUGUCUGAGCACCUUGACACGCUCGUUGUUGAGGACUCACACGCAAUCAUCACAGAAAGAACCGCAAUCUUCGUCGAGGAGGAGGAGGUCAUCACCUCAUACUCUCCGUCGGCCCCCGUCUCAGCCCUGGAACUUGCACCCCUCCAUAUUGCUGUUGACAGCAGCGAGGAUAACGACAUUCAAGCGCUGGCGGACGAGGCCCUAUUUGAGGUCGACACGACCGGCACAAUCGGUCUCGACGUAGUUGCCGACGAUGCGCUGUUCACCGUCGACACCACCGGCGACGUUGAGCCGAGCGCUUCCAUUCUUUACGACAUUCCUCUGCAAUCAGCCGCACCUGUCGCACCACGACUCUCGAUAGACGAGGAAACGAUAAUCUUCAAACCCCGCGUCAUCGAGGACCCCGUCGCGUCCUCGAGCCGCGCCCCUCCGCAGGCCAGCGACUUUGAACUCACCCGCGUGGGCGUGGACCCACGCGUCGUGAUGAGCCGCAAAGAGCGCAAGAAGGCCAAGAGGGAAAAGCGUGCGCGUAACAAGCGUCAGCGCCGCAAGCUCGGCGGUGGCAACGGAGACCUCCACAUCGCGUCGGAGGGCUCCGAUCUCGACUGGGGCAGCGAUGGCCCGCCCAAGAUGCUCUCCCUCAGCGCGGGCGAUCCCGUCGGUGAUGAGGAGCUCGAUCCUGACCUUGACGAUGAGGAGCUCGCACGAUACGUGACUGGUGUGGAGCGCAUUCGAGAGGACAACGCUGCGAUGGCGUACAUGGACAGCGACAGCGAUGAGUGGGACGAUGAGGACAUGGAGGAGACACGCCGCGAGAUUGAGGCUCGCUCUGACACCGACUCGGAGGAGGACGACGAGUCGAGCGAGAAUGAUUUCAACGCCCUCGCGGACGCCUACUCUGAGGACGAGUAUGCGUCUGACGGUGAGGUCAAGAUGUUCUCUGGCGUCACCCGGUGGAACGAUUCCGACAGCGAGGCAGAGGAAGUCGAGGACGACAACGCAUGGUUUAUCGAUAGCAUGGAGGCGGCGCUCGACGGAGCCAUGGCCCAGUCGCGCAAGGAGCGCAAGGCCGUCUUCCGUGCAGUCGCCAAUGGCUCGUUUGACAGCGACUUCGCUUCAGCCCCAGCGAAGCGUAACAAGCAGGCGCCGGCCCACCUUCCGCAGGAGCUGCAGGACCAGUGGGCGCGCGACCGUGCCAAGAAGGCAGACAAGAAGAGAGAGCGCGAGCUCCAGCGUGCUAUCGCGCUGCUCGACCCCAACAUCGGGUUCGGUCGCAAGGCGAACAAGAAAGGGAAGAAGGGCAAGGCCGCUGCGGCGCGCAUGGCCCAUCUCAUCCCCGGCUCGGCGGCUGAAGUGGCCGAGCUGUUCGACAUCUCUUCGGACGAGGGCGGGGGCGAAGGUGCAGGCUGGGGAGUCAAGUACCGCCGCAGCAACCCGCUGCUCCCGCCCACACUCGGUGACAUCGACAUGAUGAUCCAGGACUUUAUGCGCGACUCGGGGCGCACGACGCUCCAGCUCCCUCCGAUGGAGAAGGAGACGCGCAAGAAGGUGCACAUGCUCGCCGAGUGCUACGACCUCAAGUCCAAGUCGAAAGGCAAGGGCGCCGCCCGGUUCCCGAUUCUGAUCAAGCUCGCGCGCUCGGGCCUGCAGGUGGACACGGCGAAGCGGGACCGCCUUGUCGCGGCGGGCCAGUUCAAUGGCGGUAGCUUCUUCAAAGCGCUGUAUGCGCGCAAGAGCAAGGGCGAUGGCAAGAACAACUCUGCGCGCGGCACAGGCGCCAGCGUGCGUGCGCGUGAGGGCGAUCUUGUUGGCGAGGGCGCAGAGAAGAUCGGCCAGGACAACGUCGGCCACAAGCUGCUGAGCAAGAUGGGAUGGAGUGAGGGGAUCACGAUCGGCUUGGGAGGCGAGCGUGGAUUGGAGGUUCCCAUCGUAGCCGUUGUCAAGAACACGAAGCGCGGGCUGGGGUCGUACGGCAUGGGCUACGGCGGCGCGCCGUCAGGCCACAGCUCAGGCGCAGCUCUCUGAGCGUACCACCAUCCGCGUGGAUGUGUAUGGCUGUUCACAAGUCUCGGCCGCAUGCAGACAGCGAAGGCAAGAGCCAAGGUCGCCGCCACAUCUCUCGCGGUGACUUUUGGCGAGCAGAGCUCGAGCAAGGCCCACCGCCCACACGCCUACCGUUGGUGCUGAGCAUAUCGACGCACCGCAGACGGUAGAACCUCGGAGCGAGGCCGAUGUUCUCGCAGGCAGUUCCAAUUUGGGCGGCUUGGCCUGCGCGAAUGUAUUUCAGUGGCUCUCGUGCCAGGGAAAGUGAAUAUUCCAGGGGCGUGCUGGAGUGUGAUCGGCCG